AUGCCUUCUGGUGCGAAGAAGAGAAAGGCCUUGAAGAAGAAACAGCAGCAGGAAGCCAUUGGAGUCACUACCGACAACAACCAUCAUGGGCAUGAUGAACAUGGAAGCCAAGAUGAGAGAGAUAGUGAUGGCUCUUUGAGUUCCCCUAGUUCCCAAGGGAAUGGAGAAUUCUGGACUAGAGAUUUAUCACCUUCUCCAUUAUCUGGUCUCGGGAAGGUUACUGUUGAAGAGAAAACACAAGAUGCAGAUGUUACUCAGGGACAAGGCGCAAAAAGUGAAGACGUUACUGCAGAUGUGAGAGGAAUGGAUCAUGAGGUGAAUGCUGUAGACAAACCACCCAAUUCCUUUCCUGAAAAUAUAACUCACGAUAUCGGAAAAGUAGCUCCUCAAGAAGAGGCUGGUGGUGGUAAUUCAGUAUUGGAAAUCGCUCCUGCUGUUGAUUCUGUCUCAAAGGUAGUGAUUUCUGACAAAUGUGAGCGAGUUGGGAGCUCGACAAACUCGGAUUCUGUCCAACAGAAGUCUGAUGAGGACGAAGUGAAGCCUAUACUGAAAGAAGCAAAGGACGGCAACAGUCCAGGAUCUGCUGCGGAAACAAGCAAAGAAAUCAAGAGUGUGAAAGAAUCUGAAGUGCCAGAAUGUUCUGAAGAAAAGAGUCUUUUGCCUUCUGGUCCACCAGUUGUUCGAACCUCGUGGUUGAGUUGCUGCGGUUUGUUUGAUGUGAUGGCUGGAUCUGAAAGAUAA